AUGGCUAAAGAACUUGUUAAACUGUUUUAUUUUAAUGCACGUGCACGUGGAGAAGCAAUUCGAAUGGUUUUUGUAGCGGCUGGAAUCGAGUUUGAAGACGAAAGGAUAUCAUUUGAAAACUGGCCUAAGAUGAAGCCGUCGAUACCUGGAGGCCGUCUGCCUGUAGUGAAGAUCACUGAGAAAGAUGGGAAAGAGAAAUGGUUGUCAGAGAGUUUGGCCAUUGCACGUUUCUUUGCGAAGAAGAAUGGUAUGAUGGGUAGCACGGAUGACGAGUACUAUAGUGUUGAGAAGUUAAUCGGUCAGGUGCAAGAUGUUGAAAGUGAAUAUUACAAGACCUUGAUGAAACCAGAAGAUGAGAAAAUAAAAAUCAUCAAGGAGAUAUUUAGUGGAAAAGUUCCCACUCUUCUAAAUGCAAUCUGUGAAUCCCUGAAGGAAUCGAAAGGCAAAUUAGCUGUGGGUGACCAUGUGACUUUGGCUGAUUUGGUAUUGAUUGCAGCCAUCGACCACGUGACUGACUUGGACAAAGGAUUCAUGGACGGUAAAUAUCCUGAGAUCCAUAAACAUCGAGAGAAUCUCCUGAAAAUUUCACCGAAAUUGGCUAAGUAUUUAUCGGAAAGGCCAGCAACUGCAUUCUAA